GGUGGUCGCCAAAAUAGAGGCCGAGUUGAGUUUGUGGAUGAGAUGUGGCAGGCGGGGGAGCCCGCGUCUCUCAACGGGAGGAGAGUAAACAGUACGAGGUGAGCCAGUGAGCGAGAUGGAGGAGGAAUUACGGUGUGCUCAGUGUACUGGGUUCUACCACGUGCCGGUUCUUUUAGCGUGUCGACAUGCCAUGUGUCUCGCUUGCGCUCGAGACUUGCAAAAGCCGGCGGUGGUACCUCCCCGCGGCGAGGAGGAAGGAAGUGUGCCUCCUGCCGAAGACCUCCACGAAACUUCUGAGGUUGAUAAACUUUCUGUGCUGAGUGACGCCGACUCCGGCGUGUCGUGCAGCUCCCGACCCACCAGCCUAGUGGGCGCUCCUGAGGUGGGUGGCAGCAGCAGCAGCAGCAGCAGCGAGCCCCUGCCACCCCCGCCUGUCUAUACCAUCACCUGCCCUCAGUGUAGCGUGGCGACCCCCGCCGACGAGGCAGGGGCGCAGGGCCUGACGCGGUACAGGGUCUUGGCGGCGGUAGUGGACAAGCACCUGGAGCGGUACCAGGUAGCCGAGCCGUGUCAGUUGUGUGAAGGUUCAGGAGCUCCUCGCCCCGCCCAAGUCUUCUGCGACCAGUGUCUGGUCUUCUACUGCGGCCCCUGCAGAGACUCCUGCCACCCCGACCGGGGGCCGCUGGCGGCACACUGGUUGGUGAACGUGGCGGAGGGCAGGGCGCUGCUGAGGGCUCGCCGGAGGGAGCGGGAGGGCAGGUGCGGCCAUCACCCUCAGGAGCACGUCUCCAUGUACUGUCUCACCUGUCGUCUGCCCGUCUGCGUUCUCUGUCUACACCAUGGACGCCACCACGCCCACGACGUCCACGCUCUUAACGCCGUCACCAAGACCCAUAAGACGGAGCUGUCCCAGGCACUGCAGCAGCUGUCAGAGAAGGCCAGAGCUGCUACGGAAUUCAUCCACACACUUAAAACUCUCUCGGAUGAAGUCCACGGUAAUUGUCGAGAAGUGGAGGGUGUGAUGGUGGCGCAGGUGGACGCCCUGGUGGAGGCGCUGCAGGCACGCCGCUCAGACCUCAUCAACUGGGUCAGGAGGCAGCGAGAUAACAAGGUGCAUGCACUGAGAGAACAAGUGCAAGACUACACCCAUACACUACAGUCCACCACGGCUACCAUCCACUUCUGCAUCGAGGCUCUCAAGGAGUCCGACCCAGCUUCCUUCAUGGAGGCCCAGGAAGUUUUAGAAGAGCGUGUUUGUACAAUGAGGCGAGAGUGGGAUCAAACCAUGAUACCAGAGCCACGAGUACCUCCAGGCUUCAACCUCACAUUGGAUGACAAGACACUCUUGACUGCGAUCCAACAGCUCACCUUUAUACAACUUAAACCUCCUGGCACCCCAUCCAUGAUUACUGAAGAGUGUAGCGCAGAAAACAACAGUGUGACUAUUGCAUGGGCUCCUCAUCCUACCUCAUGCGUCACUGGAUACACAUUGGAAAUUGAUGAUGGAUCUAAUGGCCCAUUUAGGGAAGUGUACACAGGAGAAGAGACUGUAUGCACCAUUGAUGGCCUACACUUCAAUUCUAUAUAUCGAGCCAGAGUACGGGCUUUCAAUAAUACUGGAAACUCAUCAUACUGUGAACCUCUUUGCUUACAGACAGCUGAAGUGGCUUGGUUCAGUCUGGAGUCAAUCCACCCAGAUCACACCAUAUCCGAGAAUGGCUUUACUAUCAGCUGUGAUUCUUACGAACAUCGAGUAGCCUUGGGAAGUGUUGGCUUCUCUAGGGGAGUACACUAUUGGGAAUUCAACAUUGAAAAAUAUGAUGGAAAUGCAGAUAUUGCCUUUGGACUCUCAAGAAUUGAUAUAUGCAAGGAAAUGAUUCUUGGAAAAUGUGGGGGUAGUUGGAGUAUGUACAUUGAUAAUGAGCGAUCAUGGCUGAUGCACAGUGGGGAACAUUUCAACCGAUCAGCAGGUGGUGUUCGGACAGGAGACAUUGUAGGAUUAUUGCUCAAUUUACCAGAAAAAACCCUAGGUUUCUAUGUUAAUGGGGAAUUACAGGGUUAUUUGUCGUUGACUGGUGUAAGUGGAGUCCUCUAUCCAGCUAUCAGCCUAAACCGAAGUGUGAUUCUUACCUUGCAGACUGGUUUGAAACCUCCCAAACAUUAUCUUGGUGUGCCUCCCAUUGUUGAGGCAUAGAGCACAUUAUAAAAUACUACGAAUAUUAUUUUUAUGUUUAAUUGUUUAGAGUUCUGGUACCGUAUCCAAAAAUUAUUUUCAUAGAUUUAAAAUAUUGUAAUUUGCACUUCAUUUCAUUUUAAAUUUUAAUGUAUAUACUAUGGGGGAUUCAAAUGUAAACAAAAGUUAUGUUCUCAGCUCUUGUUGUGUGCAUACACAAUAUGCCAUGUCAAAGUGUCAACAGUCCUGUCUGAUUUUGUGUUACUUCAAGUUGAUUGAAAUGGAGAAAUCUAUCAGUACAGUACUUGAAAAUCAAGUACUGUACUGAAUAUUGAAGAACCUUCAAGUUGAUCCCUUUUUAGAUAUUUAAUACAGGAGGCCGUGAACUCUUAUCAUAAGCUACAUAAUGUGUAACACAAUUUACAAAGCAACUUCCUUGAGAAGAAAACACAACCUGGUGAGCCAAUGGGUAAGAGUAAUUUAUGUAGAGGGGUGAAUGCUUCAAACACUAGCCCUCCUAGAUGGUUUCCUUUGCAUUAAGUACUGUAUGAGUGUGAGCAUUAUCAUGCUGUAAUAGGAAUUACUUCUUCAGAUAGUGCUGGAACAGGAGCCUGUUAUUAAAUCCACAAAAUGGCUGACAAUAGAUCCUUGGGGAAGUAAAUCAUUCAUGGUAACCUCCUCCAUAUUCCAAUAUAUAUGGUAUGUAGAAAGUACAUUUUGUUGGAGGUGCCCCUUGAAGUUCUUGGAGCAUGAUGAGGUAUGAUGCUGCCAUCUAAUGGUCACUUGGUCCAUCUUGGGGUAUGUAAUGAGGCACCCAUGACAACUCCUUGAAGGGAAGGUUCCACCUUCAGCCUCUAAACAAGAAAGCAGACACUAGUCGUGAGAAUGAGCGUUCUUACAUCCACCAACUUGCAACCCAGCAGGCACAAAUUUUCAUAAAAUGAAGCUCAUUUUGGAAUAUGUAAAUCAAACUAACAUUCAGAAUACUGACAACUCCUGGGUAUAAUUUCUCAGUGAUUUUUGUAUUCAUUUUUUUUCUGGGGGAGGGGCGCCCCAUUGGCUCCCCGGAGCUAUCCAGGCUGAUAUGUAAUUAUUAGCUUUCUGGCAUCAGUCAAAGUGCAUGGAGUUCUUGCCUA